AUGACCCAGGCGAACGGAGCCUCGAAGCCCUACAAGGCCGCCAUCAUCCAAGACUUCUCGACUACUAAGCCUUGGGGCCAGAUGACGAUCGAUGCUACGGCGAACUUCGUCCGUCGCAGCAUUCCCCACGCUCAAGUUGAUCACUAUCGCGCAGCUCAUGGCGAGACCCUGCCCCCAGCCAAAGACUACGACCUGUUCGUUUUGACGGGAGGAACCGUGAACCUGCUUGAGGAGGAGAAGCCUGAAUGGGCGUUGCGCGUGCUUGAUUUGAUCCGCGAUGCAGGCGCACUCCCUGACACUAGGCUUAUUGCAUUUUGCUGGGGACAUCAAGCGGUUCACUAUGCCUUCGGCGGGGUCUUGGAUGUUCUUGCAGAGGGGCCUAGGAUUGCAGUUGAAGAGAUUAACCUGACGCCAGAAGGCAAGAAGCUAUUCGGAAAGGAAAUUUUGUUGUUGCAAAAGUACCACAAGCGCUACAUAUCACGACUUGCCCCAGACUUCACAGCGUUAGCAGGGAGAUGUGAGAUCUCAUGUAGUAAGGAGAAGGGCAUCAUUACUUUCCAAGGACAUCCCGACCUCAGUCGGGAAAUCGUUCGGACUCUUAUCGACACGGACGACGGGCUGUACAAGCCUUCCGAGACAACACAACGCAGUCCUUGCGGCAAGCUGUUCAGCAGUGACACGGCUGAUGAUGGAGAUAAAGUGUGGUACAAGAUCAUGGACUUCGUGUCAACCUGA